AUGGCAAGCCAAUGCCAACCUCAUUCCAAACGAAAGGCCUUCUCAACGGCACGGUCGACAUUCGAAGACUCUUCACAAUGCGUAAAAGAAGAAUUAUCAGAAUCAAGCAAUGAUAGCUCUAUCUAUAAUGCUGUUCGAGCAAGCUCCGCCAACGAUGCCAAUCCGAGUUCAAUGGACGAGCCGAACAUGCUGGACAGUAGGAUGGCAGCGAAUAUCGCCAUGCUCCUUCCUCUCACACCCGAGCAGACUGCCCAUAACCCCCCGUUGCAAAGGCAAGACUGCUGUCAAGACCAGGACGCCAAUUCUUGCCGAUGUCAGUCGCAUUUGCUCUCCGACAGCUUUUUUACUCCGGAGUCGCCCUCGUCCAAACAGACCCUAGUUGAUCGGUUGCGACAGCGCGAAGUGAGCAGUCUUAAUGAUAUGUGUCGGCGACCGACGACUUCAAAAUGGUCGAAAGACAUUUCCUCGCCCGCAAAGCCGGUCUUACCAAGAUAUCCUCCACCGGUGAGGUCCCCAACACCUCCUGGUCUUCCAUCGUUCGGCACCCAGGAAGCGAUCAGCUACUCCACCCAGUUCCCUGUACAGUCCUUCACAAAUGAUAGACAGCCUCAGCUGCAUGACCGGCUCGGCUUUAAUAGUAAUUCUCGUCGCCGUACUGUGCAGGCUGCGGGUGCUCCAUCUUACGGGGAGCGAUGGCGGAGACGCCUUGGUUUUGCAUCCACCCCUCCGUCCGCCGGUUCAAAUCAACAAGUAUGCGCCGUUUCAAGAGCGGCAGAUGGUACUGCUGUCUUGGGUCGGUUUCCACACAGACAGAGUGGACAUGGCAUGAAUGCUGCAAGGCGGUUGGAUGAGCACCCUUUUCAUCGAAGAACGCUCACAAUGGCUCAGUGCGACGGCGUCAACGCAGAAGACAGCAUGAUUCAUGAGGAUGCACGCUCAAAUGUAGGCCUUGGAAAUUUGAAAAGAGAAACACAUAUCGCCCUGGGAGCAGAUUCAAGUACUGGGAGUCAAGAGGUUCAAAAUGCACUGCCGCCACUACCCAAUCCAGCAGUCCUUCGUCUGCCACGAAGACCGAUAUCCAUGAAUACUUUCAGUAAUAUCUCCAGAAAUACAUCGUACCAGAGUUGUGAAGGCCAGCCGCACACAGCUGAAGCGUCUGGAGAAGCGCUCACAACAGGCCUGCAGAUCCGCAGCAGAAAUAGUGACUCUGCUGGAUGCCUUCUCGCUUCAACACAAACGUCCAUGCUGAGUAGCGUACAGCAAUUGGAUGUUGGAAGCGAGGACAAGCCCGUGACUUGGUUACAGCAAGUGAAGACGAGUGCCUUUUGUUUUUCGUGCUGCUUACGAACGGGCAACGAGUCGGACAUUGUCACGGAUUCUAAUACCUGCUCCCAUGACACCUAUACUACAGCUCGAAGCCAGAUUCUAGACGAGAGUACGGCAGAGCAACCACAACAUCGAUUUGACGUGAGCAAGCAAUCCCAACAGUUCAUGCGACGGUGCACAGAUACAUGGAAAUCGCUCUGUGGCCUGGCUUCUCGCAACUUCCUCGUCACGGAACCUAUGCUUGGCUAG